GGGAAAGGCAAGAUCUUGCACAGGGGACCCUUGCGUCUGUCCCUUCCAGCUGGCCAAGGAAGGGUGUCAUGGGACCUCUCCACCUGUUUCUCCUGCUGCUGGCCACAGAGCGGUCCCAAGCCUUCAACACCACAGUGCUGCAGGGCGCGGCCGGCCAGUCCCUGAGGGUGUCAUGUACUUAUGACGCCUUGAAGCACUGGGGACGACGCAAGGCCUGGUGUCGCCAGCUGGGUGAGGAGGGCCCAUGCCAGCGUGUGGUGAGCACCCAUGGUGUGUGGCUGCUAGCCUUCCUGAGGAAGAGGAACGGGAGCACGGUGAUCGCAGACGACACGCUCGCUGGAACCGUCACCAUCACUCUGAGGAACCUCCAAGCAGGUGAUUCGGGCUUCUACCAGUGUCAGAGCCUUCGAGGCCGAGAGGCUGAGAUCCUGCAGAAGGUCCUGGUGGAGGUGCUGGAGGACCCUCUAGAUGAUCAAGAUGCUGGAGAUCUCUGGGUCCCCGAGGAGUCAGAGAGUUUCGAGGGUGCCCAAGUGGAACACAGCACCUCCAGGAGCCAAUCAGGAGAGACCUCCUUCCCACCCACUUCCAUUCUCCUCCUCCUGGCCUGUGUCCUCCUGAGCAAGCUUCUUGCAGCCAUCAUCCUCUGGGCUGUGGCCAGGGGCAGGCAGAAGCUGGGGACACCUGUGGUCAGAGAGCUGGACUGCAGCCAAGAUGCUGGGCACCAACUUCAGAUUCUCACUGGACCCAGAGGUACGUGAGAGAAUUCCGAGUGGGAGGAGAAUUACAGGUUAAGUCCAGCCAGGAGCCAAUCCAGUCUGCAUAUUCUCCCCUCUGCCACCAAGACUUCUGUUUCUGCUACUUUUGCUUCCGAGGCCACUUCUGCCUAA